AUAGGCUCAGGGUGGCAUGAGCGUUUAAGUGAAGAGGAGCAUGCGCAAUGAGGCACUGUGGGCAAGGCGAUAGGCUGAGGUGUAGCAUGCGCUUUUAACAACGCCUUGUGCUUUGCCCCGGUGGGGAGGAUCAACACCAGCCAUGGCGGCGACGGAGGAGGGAGGGACGGCGGCUGCCGUGGUGGAAGCGACAUCCUCCGACCGGUUCCAGCAGCUGCUGCAGCAGCCGGGAAAGUCUCUGGUGGUGGUUCACUUUUGGGCCCCAUGGGCUCCUCAGUGUGUUCAAAUGAAUACUGUCAUGGCUGAAUUGUCAAAAGAACACCCACGGGUUACAUUUGUGAAACUGGAAGCCGAAGCGGUUCCUGAAGUGUCUGAGAAAUAUGAAAUUACUUCUGUUCCAACGUUCUUGUUUUUUAAGAAUUCCCAAAAGAUUGACCGAUUAGAUGGAGCUCAUGCACCUGAACUGACCAAGAAAGUUCAGCGCCAUGCCACUAGCUCAUCUGUUCCACCUGGUUCUAAUGACGGGGCUAAAGAGGACAUUAACACACGACUCAAGAAACUGAUCAGCGCUGCCCCUUGCAUGUUAUUUAUGAAGGGAACACCUCAGGAGCCUCGAUGUGGCUUCAGCAGACAAAUCGUGGAGCUUCUUAACAAGCAUAACAUUGUGUAUAGCAGCUUUGAUAUCUUUUCUGAUGAAGAAGUACGUCAAGGUCUGAAAAUCUAUUCCAGCUGGCCUACUUAUCCACAGUUAUAUGCGGCUGGAGAACUAAUAGGUGGGCUGGAUAUUGUCAAGGAGCUGGAGGCUUCUGGAGAACUGGAUACCAUUUGUCCCAAGGCACACAAAUUGGAGGACAGACUCAAAGAGCUGAUAAAUAAAGCUAGAGUGAUGCUGUUUAUGAAAGGGAACAAACAGGCAGCGAAGUGUGGCUUCAGCAAGCAAAUCAUAGAAAUCCUAAACAAUUCUGGUGCUGAUUAUGAGACAUUUGAUAUAUUGGAGGAUGAAGAGGUGCGGCAAGGUUUAAAAACGUAUUCGAACUGGCCAACCUAUCCACAGUUGUACGUGAAAGGUGAACUUGUCGGAGGACUUGAUAUUGUUAAGGAAUUGAAUGAAAAUGGAGAAUUAUCAUCUGUUUUGAAAGGAGAAAAUUAAUGCAAAUGGACACAUUAAUACAAACUAUUCAAAUACAAAGCAUAACAAAAAAAAAUUGCAGUGGAACAAUUUAUGACUUGAUCCUGACAGAAGGAAUAAAACACAAUUUCUGAUAGUUUGUCAUACUUCACAAGGCCAUGCUAGUGGUUUAUGUAAAUGUAGGUUUUUGCCCCAAAUGCAAAGUUGUGACCAUCUUCAAAUUGAAUUAAAGUUGGAAUGUUCAAAA